AAAAUUGUUCUAUUAUAAAAAGACCCUUCUCAAGGAGAACAUCGUGUUGUUCGUGAUCCCUUACAAACGUACCCCAAUCAAAUCUAACCAUGUCUGGCCGUGGAAAGGGAGGAAAGGUAAAGGGAAAGGCAAAGUCCCGUUCCAACCGUGCCGGUCUUCAGUUCCCCGUUGGCCGUAUUCAUCGUCUCCUGCGCAAGGGUAACUAUGCCGAGCGCGUCGGUGCCGGAGCACCCGUGUAUCUGGCAGCCGUCAUGGAAUACUUGGCCGCUGAAGUGCUUGAGUUGGCCGGAAACGCUGCUCGUGACAACAAGAAGACGCGCAUCAUCCCGCGUCAUCUGCAGCUGGCCAUCCGCAACGACGAGGAGUUGAACAAGCUGCUGUCCGGAGUAACCAUCGCUCAGGGUGGUGUGCUGCCCAACAUUCAGGCCGUGCUGCUGCCCAAGAAGACCGAAAAGAAGGCUUAAACGGUGUGACAAAGCUUCCUUCAUCUCAAACCCAAAACCGUCCUUUU